AAAGACGUCGUGCAGGAAACACAUAUCAUAUAAAUUGAUAUUGUUACGCCUCAGCUCGCACCGUUAUCUUUAAGAUAAUAGUUCGCAAAAGAUCUGCUUUCUCACUCAUUAAUGAUGCAGUUGACCACAAUCGCAUCAUUUCUUAUAUUAUUCUGCGGCCUUUUUCGUACGAUAGCGGUCACGACUGUUACAAGCGACGACUAUGAUACGAUGACGGUUAAUGAUGCAUCAGUAAACGGAAGCAAAUCAACUUCAUGUAUCUUAGGCGUUAAAUAUGUCUCAAUAGCCUUAUAUACGAGCAAUAUUCCUAAUGGAAAAUUUGUCCAAGUAAACGAAUCCUGUAAUUUUUUAAAUUCCUCGACACCGGUUUUUUUCAUGACUCAUGGAUUUAUUGCAAAUUAUUCCAAUUAUAACUUAUCUGUUGUUACUUCCCAAUUGUUAAAGAAACAUUGUGCAGUAUUUUCGCUAGAUUGGUCUGACGCAGCGUGUUAUAACGAUCCAGCAGCCAUAAAUCUGCUAGAAUAUCCUUUCGCAGUACAUAACACUCACGAAGUUGGUAAUUAUUUGGCAAGCUAUAUCAAAUCAAUAUGCGAUACAUGCAGCGUUCCGUUAAAGAACAUCGUACUUAUAGGCCAUAGUCUUGGUGCACAUAUAAGUAGCUUCGCCGCAAAGAACCUUCAGACAUCGGGUUACGGCAAAGUUACGCUUCUCAUUGGUUCCGAUCCCGCGGGUCCUCUUUUCAUGCUUAAUAAUUGCGAGCAUAGAUUUUGUGACACAGACGCCGAACGUGUCAUAGCUCUUCACACAUCUGCUCUCGGAUUACAGAAAUCUCUAGGUCAUCUCGAUUUGUGGUUCAAUAACGGAUUAAGCCAACCAGCAUGUGGUGAUUGGUUCUUCGGUACUGUGAACCUCAACUGCUCGCAUAAUAUAGCCAUCGCAUAUCUAUGUAAUACGUUGUUUCAUGAUUGCAAAUAUACUGGUGUUUCUAUAUCACCCAGAACAAUCCCGUUUCUCAAUAUUCUGCCCGGUUGUUCUUCCGACGAAACUGACUGUAUUGUCGUGGAUCAUAGGAUAUUCGAUCGUAACUAUGCCACAGAAGGAGACUACUGUGUUUCUGUUACAUUAGAAUAUCCCUACUGUACAAAGGAUCUUCCUGUUUGUCGAAAAUAA